AACUUGAAUGUGUAAAUAUGUUGAAUAAUUGAAGUGGUAAAUGUAGAUGUUAUAUAUCAUAAGUUGCAUUUAUCUUGAACAAUUUAUUGAAUAGUUUCAAAUAGACAGUCUACACAAAACAGAUACUAGGUAAAUAUCAAGGAGGUGUCAACAACUUAUGACCUCGACAAUACAACAGAUCAUGUGAUAGACUUUUCAUGAUAAGUUGAUUUUUUCCUUUAGGAAGAGCAGAAAAAUAUAGACAAUACGUAAAUAAUGUGUAACAUCUUUAUUUAUAAGCUGUUAAUCAUUUGGUCUUAUGAUCCUUCAAUGGGCCCCUGAGUUAAAUCGAUCGUUCGUAGGCGUGAAGCAUCAUAAAUACAUAACAAGCUAUGUCCUUACAAUUAACUUACGCAAACAAAUGCCUUUCAUACUUUUGUCUUUUUGUUCUUUUUCUUCUUUUCCAGUUUGUGAUGGACAAUAACUGUAAAAUACAACUCAACUGCUAUUGUUUAAGGGAAACUUCUUAUCAACUCAUAAGAAAAACGAUUGACGCAGUCACCAAGGACCUCUAUCCAUGUCUGAAUGUCGUGUUUUUAAAAGAAAUUGAGACAAUUGAUCUUCUUAACAUUGGUUUUUGAUGGACCAUAUGAAUGAAUUUUAGCCUUGAAAAGUACCUUUGAAAAAGGGUAACGAACGUAAGAAUAUUAGUGGGGGUAUACGAUUGAAUCUAGUAAAAGAUAAAGGCCAUUGAUGAAGAGAGGGGCAAAAACAGUUAAAAGGGAGAACGUAGGCUUGGCUGAAGAUCCACAUUCGACGUGUGGACACCAGUUAUUCAAUGCAACAUAGUGCGGGUGUAAUAAGUGGCUUUCACAACACAACAGACUCCAAUAACAAUCUUCGUUAUGAUUUCGUGACAAUUCAAAAAGCUUCCGAGGUACUCCUCGUAUAAGUGAUAACUUUAGUGCACUUGUUGAUAGCCUGGAAGACCUUUUAGGCAACUAUCAAGUUAAAAAAGAUGUCAAAGAAGCAAUGGAUGGUUUUGUUGAUGCUGUUUUUGACUUAUCUUCUUCUUGGUGCUUCAAUUUUUUAUCAUAUCGAAAGUCAAUUGGAGAUUGAGAAGGUCCAACAAGCACGACUGGAACGAAUUGAAAUCAAUGCACUUCUUCAAGAACACUAUUAUCCUCAAACUAAAGAAGAUCAGUAUGAAAUUUUCAAGAAGCUCAGUGAUUACUGUGGAAAAUCAGUUUAUAAUUACAGUGAAAAUGAAACUGAUUCAUUAAAAUGGGAUUUUUAUAAUAGUUUUUAUUUUGCUUAUACUGUUGUUAGUACUAUUGGAUACGGAAAUUUAGCACCAACAAAUAUGCUAAGUCGAAUACUUAUGAUUUUUUAUGGUCUUGUUGGUAUUCCAAUGAAUGGUAUUCUACUGGCACAAUUAGGAGAAUUUUUUAGUAUUGUUUUUAUUCGAGCACAUCAAAAAUAUAAAUCUUAUAAACAACAAGAUGAUUGUACGAAGAAAUUAACACCAUUAGAAACCAGGAAAGCAGGACUUGCUGCUCAAAUAUUGAUGUAUCUUGUUCCGGGUUUCGUCAUGUUUAUUUUUUUUCCUGCAUUCUUAUUUUCUUACUAUGAAGGAUGGACUUAUGAAGAGGCUGUUUAUUAUGCAUUUGUAACAUUAACUACAAUAGGAUUUGGUGAUUAUGUCGCUGGUCAAGAUAAUACAAAAGGCAGUGGAUUUCUUUUCAUUCUCUAUAAAUCAUUCCUCAUCGCCUGGAUCUCCUUCGGUCUUGGCUAUAUUGUAAUGAUCAUGACCUUCAUCACGCGAGGAAUGCGUAGCAAGAAAAUAGUACGUCUUGAACAUAAACUUGCAAUGAAUUUAAAACAGACUCAGCACAAAAUAUUGAGUGAGUUCAAUAAGGAGGUCAGUUACCUUAGGAGAGUCUUCAAUGAGCUCCAGUUGUCUAAAGUCAAGCGAGUCUAUGUUGAUGAGUAUGAUUAUGAGACUCCUCCAACAUCACUAAUGCGUAGCAACAGUUUUCCAGACCUUCGUAAAUUAGUUUAUGGUGGUUUACCAAGUACAGCACCUAUUCAUCCAAGACGUCGAGCUAAUAGUGAAGUAGUACCGAUGGAAACUUCAGUAGCACGAGUAGUUUCUGAAACAGAUCUUCAGCGAAUUGAUAAAACAGCCACUUUUGCUACUCAUGCAAUGGUACAACCAGCAGAGUUAUUAGCACGAUUAGUCAACAUAUUGGGUUACAUUCCACCUCCACCUGAUGAUGAUGAAGUCGAUAUCGAUUCUCGUGCUGGAAUUCAAGGUUUCAGUGACAAAGAAAUUCUUUCAAAUGAACGAGGUUUUACUGAAUCAAAUUGGCAAAUUGGUGGAGAUAAAAUACCGAGAAAGCCGCGAUCUCGUGCUGCAAGUGAAGUUAGACUAGAUCCGACUUUUGAUUCAGGUGUUCAAAGGAAUCAAGAAUGGACUUGGUCAGGUCCGGCAGCUUCUCGAAAAAUUCAAGAAUUAAUAAAAGCUCGAAGAAAUGGUGUUAAUAUUAAUAAAGAUAAAGAAUCUAAAUCAAUUUUCCCUCUUAAUUUACCUAAAUCAGUACCACUUCCACGGUGGAUUAAACAUCUGUCAACGAAGAAAGAAGGUCAUCGUACCCGGAAUUCAGUUUCCGUUGGCGACUUGGAGAACAAUGAUAAUGAUUACUUGACCAACGUUACUGGUCUCACUGACAGAUCAACUUACUUCACUCACACAGGCGGAGUAGACUUAUCAUCCACUUUAGAAGGUAAUAGUCUUUUAGAAGAAACGAGUUUAGCAGAUUUCUUAAGAGCUCUAACUGCUUUACACUCUCGAGUGGGAGCAGUACCUGAUGAAUUUAUGAAGAAGCCUCAAAGAAAGAUGGGAACUGCAUCUUUAACUCCACCGAAACUUCCAAGUCUUUUUACAUUAUUUGCUCCACAAUCUGAAAGUGCAUCUGUUUCUCAAAGCAAUCAAAAUACAAUUACAAAUGAACUUAAUGCCUCAAGAAGAUUUUCACUGAGAACAACUGAAAAUUCAAGUAAUUCUACGCCUGUUUAUGACAGAAGGAAUAGUUUAGCAUCUUCAAAACCAAGAAAUCGAAGAUUUUCAUUACGUCCAGUAACAACACCUUUGGGUCCAACUCCUGAAGCGUCUCCUUAUUUAUCAGCACCUAGAAAAGAAAGUUCCAGUCCACCACCAGCUUAUAGUCCUAACGCUUUUACUUUCGAAUGUGCUAGAGAUCCUUUAGUACCUUCAGAAGGUGUACCCGGUAUUUCUUCACCGGUAGCAUCAACUUCUCAUCGAACAUCUCUUCGAAAUGGUUAUAAUGAUGUUCCACCAAUUACCAUGGGUACUUCGGCAACUAAAGUAAUGCCACGAUGGCGAGCGGGAAUAUUGCAAAGGCAGAUAAAUCAAAAGAAUUUACAAAAAAGAGUUCGAGCUUUUAGUUUAAGUGAUGUUAAUUCUGAAAGAAUUGGAAAUAGUGAUAAAAUAACAUCUAUAAGUCCGUUAGCUUUGGAUCCAACUGUUCGAACUGAAACUUUAACGUCCAAAGAUUAUCCUUUCAACAAAGGAUCUGUUCAAAAGACUGUUACGAUUUUAUCACCAAACUUAGAAAAUAAAAAAGAGGGCAAAAGUUAUCCUGAAAGACCUAGACCUUUCUUAAGAACUGUUUCUGCAAUAAGUAAUCCAUUAUCAACAAGUGAAUCACCUAAAACUGUCAACACUAAUCCAUUUGUUAUUAACAUGGAAAAUAUUAAUACUGACACAAAUUUAAAUACACAUAAAACCUCAGAAUUAUUAUCAAAUGAUCAAAUCAUCCCUAUUGAUAAUUCAUUAAAUAAUUUACAAGAUCGAACUGUUUCUCAAGGAUUAAUGAAAGUAAAAAAUAUCAAAGCUGCACCGACAACAACUCAAGAAUUACAGGGAUCAAUGCAGCAAGUUGAUUUGACAUCAAUUGAACCGAUCAUUACAGUUAAAUCUGAUAAUCAUUCAAAUAAAUCAAAAGGAUCAGAUCUUAUGGCAACGCAAAUUGAAUUAGAUGAUAGGAAAUCUAUGUCGAGGGCAUUAGACGAUCAGUUGGAAGAAAAAAAAUUGAGUAAUAAAAAUAAUAAUAUCCCUGGAGUAUCAGUAGAAUCUUAUAAAUCAGUAAGUGAAAUUGAAAUCAAUAAACCAAAUGAAAAUGUCUUUGAACGAUAUUCGAAAGUACUUCCACAAGCAUCAACUAGUAAAUCUUUUGACAAAGAAACAAUAAAUAAUCUGCAGAAAAAUGAUGAAAAAUUAACAGACAAAAUACCAAUAGAUUUUGACGGAGAUUCUCGUGAAUCUACGACUUAGAAAUAUAAAUUUAUGUCUUAAUUUAUUUUGCAUCUUUUUUUUUUUAAAGAAAAAACCUGAAUAAAUAAAAAAUAUAUAUAUAUUUUAAUUAUUACUUAAAGAGAUAUUUUUUUAAAAAAUAUUUUAAACGGGUAAUUCAAGUUUAGAAUAAUAAAAGGCUUACUGUGAUAGAAUUUGUUCAAAAACUGACUGGUUAGGAUAGCUCGGCUGGUUCGAGUUGAUUAAAGCAAUAAACAAUAACGAUAAUGUUACGUUUAUGAAUAAGAAUAAGCUUAAAUAAAUUAAAAAGAUAAUAAUAUAUAAAAUAUUCAUUCAUUUAUAUUCAUUGUAAAUAAAUCAUUCAUAAUUUGUGAAAUAAAUGUAUA